AUGGGUGGUGAUCUGUUCUCAAAACUCCUCUUGCUUGCUUGUCUGAGUGGCUGUUUCUUUUCCCUGGCUCGAUGUGAUGUACAUUACUACGACUUUGUUCUACGGGAGAAAAAUUUUACGAGGUUGUGUAGCACAAAAAGCAUGUUGGUAGUAAAUGAGAGUUUUCCAGGACCGGUAAUCCGUGUUCAUAAAGGGGAUACGGUGUUUGUUAAUGUUCGCAAUGAAGGAUAUUAUGGUUUUACAAUUCACUGGCAUGGAAUCAGCCAACCGAGAAAUCCAUGGUCAGAUGGUCCAGAGUAUAUCACACAAUGUCCAAUAGAACCAGGUUCAAAUUUUACGUACGAAGUCAUUCUCAGUACUGAGGAAGGAACUCUUUGGUGGCAUGCCCACAGUGACUGGACGAGAUCCAGUGUUCAUGGUGCCAUUGUUAUUUAUCCUAUUGAAGGAACGACUUAUCCUUAUCCAAAGCCCGAUGAUGAAGAGAUUCUCGUCCUCGGAUCUUGGUUUCUUGGAGACGUUAACGAGUUAGUUUACGAGGACCUCGAAAUCGGAGCAGACACCCCGGAGUCAGAUUCUUUUGUCAUCAAUGGCCAACCGGGAGACUUAUUACCAUGCUCUCAAGAAUCAACGUACCGUUGGGUGGUUGAUUAUGGGAAAACAUAUCUUGUCCGGAUAGUUAAUGCAGCCAUGAAUGCACAACUCUUCUUUGCAAUUGCUAACCACAGCCUCACAGUUGUCGGGAUGGAUGGGAACUACAUAAAACCCGUAGUAAGAGAUUAUUUAAUGAUUUGCUCCGGACAAACCAUGGACGUCUUGGUAACAACAAACCAAUCUUUGAGCCACUACUACGUUGCCAUAAGACAAUAUUUUGAUGACAUGCCACAAUAUCAAUUAUAUGAUAAAACAAAUGCUACAGCAAUUCUUAUGUACAAUGGCAACUAUACAGCACCCGAGUAUCCUAUCUUUCCUUCCAACCUUCCAUCCAACAUGGCCCUUACUGCUGCAAACAGAUUUUUGAAAGGCCUUAGGAGCUUAGCAAGCAAAGAUCACCCAGUAAACGUUCCACUAAACAUAACUACCAAAAUGUAUAUCACAAUUGCUAUGAACCAGUUUCUCUGUCCAAAUGCAUCAUGUUCUGGGGUAGAUGGAAAUAAGCUUGCUUCAAGCUUAAACAACAUAAGUUUUUUAAACCCAAGUACUGAUAUAUUGCUUGCCUAUUACAGGAACUUGAGUGGAGUUUACACCAUGGAUUUUCCAAACUGGCCGCCAGUUUUUUAUAACCAAUUCACUUAGAAGUUUUUGCCGGUCAAUACUACAAUACCGACGCCGGGGACCAAAGUCAAGAUUUUAAACUACAAUGAACAAGUGGAAAUAACUUUUCAAGAUACUAACGUAUUGAAUGCAUCAGCGACUCAUCCAAUGCACAUGCAUGGGUAUAACUUUUACGUGGUUGGAUCAGGUGUUGGCAAUUUCAAUAAUGAGACAGACCCAAAAACCUAUAACUUGGUCGAUCCACUUGAAGUGAAUACUAUAGGAGUCCCCAAGAAUGGAUGGGUUACCAUCAGAUUCAAAGCAAAUAAUCCUGGUGUAUGGUUUUGGCACUGCCAUUUGGAUCGACAUCUUACCUGGGGCAUGAGCACUGUAAUGAUAGUGAAGGAUGGCGGCACACCUGAGACGAGUAUGCGCCCGCCCCCUCCUAAUAUGCCCUCCUGUAAAGUACCCUACAAAAGUACUUGGAUUGAAGACUUUGGUGAUUCUGAUGAACAAGUUGAUAAGAAUUGAUAUGUUAUAUGAUAAUAUAUGACGUGGGUUGACAAUUAUCUAUUUUA